AUGACUCGGCCGGAUGGGAGCGUGUGUUCCUCCAGAGAGUCCCGGCAGGUCAGUAUCCUGGUGGAGACACGGAGGAGGCGACAGUCCGGCAUCUGGGACGCUAUUGAAGAUGCUUUGCGGAUGUCCACUCCUAGACCUGGAAUCCUGGAGGUCCGGUACGUUCAGCAGUAUUAUAUCCACUACCAGUGUUGCCCUGGAUGGAACAAAAUCAACGACACAUGCCAAGCGGACUGCUAUUCACCAUGUCAACAUGGCCUGUGUGUCGACACUAAUGUGUGUGAAUGCGAAGAAGGCUGGAUGGGAGGGCAGUGCGAUGAAGACGAAGAUGAGUGUUGGUUUGGGUCAGACGAGUGUAACCCGGACAUCAGUGACUGUGAGAACACAGUAGGCUCCUACAACUGCCGCUGUCAUGACGGGUACUUCAAUGCGAACAGGACUUACUGCACAGAUGUGGUGGCCGUUGAUGAAUGUGCAACAGGCAACGGCGGUUGUGAGCAGACCUGCGUGAACACAUUAACGUCCUACUAUUGUACCUGCAACAACGGCUUCAACCUAGCAGCGGACGGACAUACAUGUAACAACAUCAACGAAUGUUUGGUGGACAACGGCGGAUGUGAGCACACGUGCAGAGACACCGUCGGAAGUUACGAAUGUUCAUGUCGCUCUCGCCACCGUCUCGUCAGCGGAACGGAAUGCCGUGAGAACGACAUGUACCCGUAUGGCGACGAAAUCGGUCAAAAACACAAGGUCUGGGACUACGAGCGAUGUUUGAAAGUGCCAACACCGCCAGAAGGCUUCCGUUUCUUCACAGAACGUUACUUCAACAUGUGGCUUUGUGACAACGGCCUUCUUUCAUUCACGAGCAUCGCAAGGCCCAACUCCCCCGUCCGCCUGUCCGAUCCGCAGUGGUUGAAGCGGGCCGUCCUCGUCCCUUACCUCGCACGGUCCGACCCGACACUCUUCAACAGCCUUCCCCAGAAGGACCAGACGAAGAUCUACUACAGCAUCCACCUACAGGGGGACGGAGACAGCCACACGGAAAACAUUCUGAACAGGGCGAGUCAAGACGGCAGGAGCACGCCAAGGUACUUUCUACCAGACUACCAGGCUGUGUGGGCAAUGGUGAUCACCUGGGCAAACCUUCCACCAAGCCUGGCCGCCUUCAGAGGAGAGAGACCGGUGCCGCUGAAAGUCAUGAGGAGAAACACCUUUCAACUGGUUAUUUCUACCGAUGGAUGUCAGUCAUUUGCCAAUUUUAUCUACCCGGCAUUAAAACAAGAAUGGUUCACGGAAGCUGAAGCGAGGAUUGCCAGAACAGACAGAAGGAGUAAAAUAAGAUCAUCUGAGAUACUCAACCCAGCUGUUGCCGGCUACAGCGCGGGAAACGGGAACAGAGAAAACCAAGAGGAGAUUGGACAUGGGUCCAGAAUGAAGACUCUUUUCCGCAUACCUAGCACAUAUGGAGGGAACUUCAAAUACGCCCUGCAGGAAGCUGGAGACACGUGUCCGAGUCAGGCGGUGGCGGAGUGCGGGGCGUGGCUUCGGCUCAACCCGGUAAUUCCUGAAACACUCCCGGGUUACAACCUCGUGCCCGUUCCCGGGUCAUGUCCCUGUACAGCCGAACAGGCCUACUUUGACAGAAGCUACAGCUUCUCCGUCAAGAAUUCCAGAUCCUGCGCUACAAGCCGUAUCAAGGUGCGCUCGUACGUGGGAUCGCAGGUGUACCGCAUGUGGCGGACGUGCUGUUACCAGCCCAGCUACUGGUACCGCCACAUCGCCUACUACAGCUACCUGCGGCCGGGAUGGAGACAUGCACAGGCGUGGAGGAUCGGCGGAGGGUCCCUCAUCUCCGGGCAGCUUGGCGGGAACCUUGUGGUGAACAAUGCGGCGCUGGAUGAGGUAGGGCGGCAGAGUUGUUGUGAGGGUUCCUCCAGUUAUCACUGUCAGCUGUUCAGAGAGCGCCGUCCUCUGUCUGUGCCGACCUGCGCUACCAGCUGUAGACAUUACGACGUCACCUCAGCUCUCUCCUGGUCCAGAUAUGACCCGCAUAUCCGCACGUUAGACGGUGCAGAGUUCACCUUUAACGGCCUGGGAGAAUACGUCCUUCUGGACGCCAAUAGUAACGAGUACCAGUUCCAAGGGCGUACUGCGUAUGCAUCAGGAACCAGUCAUGCAACCAGCUUCUCUGCCAUCGUGGCCUACCAGCGAGACCACCCACCUGUCCAGAUAAACCUAGUUGCAGAAAACAACGUGCAGCUCUAUAUGAACGGCACUCUUGUGGACACCGGCUUCCCUUUUAAAAACGACACCUACGAGUUUGAAGAUGACGACAGCGUUGCAGUCUACCCAAACCCGUCAGACCCCCCAUCCGUGUUGAUAUUCUUCAACAACGCCCUGUCUGUCAAAGUCACUCCAGCUAAGUCAAUGCUGCACUUUGAGUUUGCUGUACCAGACCAAUUCAGAGGUAAAAUAUCGGGUUUGUUGGGCAACUUUGACGAUGAUACAGCCAACGACUUCGUUGCGUUUGACGGCACCCUCCUGUCUGCAGAUGCGUCCGAGAGACAACUGUACGAGGAGUUUGGAGAGACAUGGAGAGUCUCCGAAGCAGACGGACCAAAGAAGACCAGGUUUACGUACGGACCAGGGGAGAACACCGACAGUUUCAAAAACGACUCAUUCGUACCACAAUUCUCUAAUGAGAUGAACGCUUCCUCCGAUCCACUGUACCAUAACGCUACAGAAAUCUGCGGCAGCCGCCUGGACUGUGUAUUUGACAUCAUACAGACACAGGACUUGUCCGUCGGCGAAGCAGCGAUUCAGACUCAGCAGAACUUUGAUCAGGAAGUCUUUAACAGAGAACAAUUUCCACCGACGGUUGAUGGCCCGGAGAGAGUAGUUGCUACGGUUGGUGACCUUCUUGAGUUCUCAGUAAGCGCGACUGACCGCAAUAGAGUCAAACGCAGUUCCGAGAAGAACAAUAUUACGUUCGAGUUGGGGGGGAGAGUACCACCAGAAGUCAAUUUCGUAACUGACGGCGACACAGCAACUUUCUCCUGGAACGUGUCAUCAACGGAACCGUUCGAUUUAAAGAUUGACGUGACCAAUGAGAACAACGCUACCGCACAGUUUUGGCCGACUGUGUACCUGUGCGAGUGCCGACAUGGCGGCUUCUGUGACCAGGAUACGGAAGAAGAAGGGAACUUUACCUCUCUGAGCAACGGAACUAGAAAAUUUGAAGAGUUGCCGUGUACGUGUACCGCUGGGUACACUGGGGAAAACUGCGAGAGCGAACUGGACGCCUGCGCGGAGAACUUCAACCCUUGCUUCGCGGGAGUACCUUGCGAGGAUCUCCCACCUCCCGCCGGUAUGGACGGGUACGUUUGUGGGGAGUGUCCGGCAGGAUUUGAAGGAGACGGGCAAAAGUGUACAGACAUAGACGAAUGCUUUACCGAGAAAGGAGCGAUAUGCCACCAUUUCUGUGUCAACACCCUGGGCAACUUCAGCUGCGGGUGCAGUGAAGGGUUCUACCUGGCUGAAGACCAGGCCACAUGUAUAGAUGUGGACGAAUGUGCGUUUUUGAACAACUGUAGCCAAUUGUGCAUUAACAGCAACGGUUCAUACGACUGUGACUGUUUGGAUGGGUUUACAUUGUCUUCGAAUGGACAGGACUGUGAAGCUGCAAAUCCCUGCACGUCAAGUAACAACCCCGGCUGCGCCCCGGAGACCAGCUGGUGCCUGGUGAACGACAGUGGGUCUGCCGUGUGCGUGUGUUUCAGGGGGUUCCAGUUGUCGGGAGACGGCGUCACAUGUGAAGACGCGGACGAAUGUUCUACUGGGGACAAUCACUGUAACCAGCUGUGUAACAACACACUGGGAAGUUACGAGUGCUACUGUGAAGACGGGUAUGAGCUAACGGACAGCCUGAUCAAACCAUGCGAAGACCUCGACGAGUGUUUGGAGGGCACUCACAACUGCUCCACUAGAGAAGAGUGUGUCAACCAGGCCGGAGGUUAUAAGUGUGCCUGUCCGGAGGGGACCGAACGACUUGACAGCCAAUGUGUCGAAUUAUUGCCUUCCAGCACUACUGGAAAUACGGUGACAGAACAGACACUUCGUUCAUCGACUGAGUCUACGACAAUCCUACAAACAAGGCAAACGGACAAGAUGUCAGCUUCCACAACAACGAUCAGUUCUCGUCCAACUCCUAGCACAGAGAAUCCACAAGAGGCUACAACCAUGUCGACUAUGGUAGCAACGCCAUAUCGAGAGCUAACUACUGAAGCACCCGAAGAAGAAGUUGAAGAAAAGUUCCCGCUGGUCCAGGUCGUUGCCGCGAGUGUUGCGGGAGUAGUUGUACUGGUUGCCGUGACCAUCACCACAGCCGUCUGCUGCAAAAAAAAUUCAUUGCGUCGCAGCGCUCCUGCAGACAUCUAUGGCCCCAGCAUACCACCACCACCGUCGACUUACCGAAGCAGCUCUGAUGGCAUUUCACCCAAAGCCUGGGGAGUAGAUUCUCCGUUUACACUCAACGAUGACGACGUCUAAAUAUAAUGAAGAAACAUGUUUUCUGUACAUAGCGUUAUUUUGUGUGUGAUGUUAUAUGCUCGACCGCAAUCCGUCCAUCCACCUGUCCUAUAGGGCAGACACCACAUAUGCAUUGCUCAGUAUACGCCUAAAAAUGGGAACGAUUGUAGUGCCUAGUUAAUACCUUUGAAAAUCCCUUUUCUCUUGAAAGUUUUGGUCCAUUUGGGAGUUUUUUGGGCUGGAAGGCACAGGUAGGGUCUAAAAUUUCCUACUUUGGUCAAGGUUUGUUUAUUUUACCAGUUUAUUUGGCGUAAAGAGAGAUGUGAGUGGUUUGGUCUUGUCUGGCCUGUGCGGAUGGAUACCAUGGAAAAUUAGGUCAAAGUUGAGGUUUUGUUACUAUCAUCAGCUGCGCCGGGAAUUUGACCAGGUCGUCCCCCUGUUUCCUUUCGGUAUUUGGGAAUCAGACCCUUGUGGCUACCUGGUGCAGAAAAAUUGUCGAGAUUGAAGUAUGGGCAAGUACUUUCAUGAGGACUUCUGUGUAUUUAAGCAUGUGUUCCUAUGGCCAAAUCUAAUAGUGCUGUCUGCCCUAUAGCUAUUCGAAAGCUGAAGGGGUGGCAAUCAGAAAACUGAUAUAUAAUCAGAAAAAUAUGAUGAGCAGUUUUGUCUUGUUUUGAAAACACUGUUGCUUGUUACUUAUUGCUCCAUCUUCUCGUAUAACAUAACGAUUUCCACUGUUGCAGAAGCGUUAUUCUAUGCAACGCUGAUAAAAUGUUUAAUGGGUUUUGCAACGUUAUCCACUUUUUAAAAACACGCAAGAAACCUAACAAUUAUCAAUAUUCCUUUCAGUAAUAUGUUAAAUGACACAGUUAUGAUUUGAUUUCUUUUUAUACUUCUUACUUUUUUCAUAUGUAAAUAUUUUCCAAAUGUUCUGUAUACUGAAUAAAGCUGAAAUAAAAAUAUGUUUGUUAUUAUAUUUUUUUUUGUUUCUCAAGCCUAGGCAAAGCUACAAGCCUCUACUGUCUUGUGAACUCCAGACGCUUAGCAUUUACAACCUAUACAAUGUAUAAAAAGGAAAAUUAUAAUUAAAAGCG